UGAAGGUGUUGUGUAACAAGAUGGAAAAGCUGGUUGACCGAUUCGGCUUCAACUAAUUACGUUUAUGUUCAACCGAAAUGUGUUUUUAUAUAUUUAUGGCGGAACAAAAAUAUCCUCCGUGGCACUAAUUUAACGUUAGACCUGCAUUACGUAUUCAUCCGCGACUAGAUGAGUGUCAGGAGCACGGAGUACCCGGAUGGACUGUCAUGGCCGCCGUCGCUGUGGUUCCUCAGAGGAGAGAGAAGGAAGGCUGAUGUUUUGUUGUGUCCGCUUUGCCUGACCUUCUUUAACAACGCUGGACGUUGUUGAGAAACGGCCGGAGCUUCAUUCCGCUUCACAGUGAGCGCACGCGGCUUUUCUGGAACUUUUAAAUGUUUGUUUUGGUAUCCUCAGAUUAGCCGCUAUGGAACAGUUUACACUACCUCAGGAUGCACACAAAAAUCACAGCCCAUCAGUUGGGGAUGUUGAAAAAGAAGAGGUGAAUGAUUUAGUCUACAAACAUUUGAAAGAAGCAAACAACGGGCCGCUCUUCAAUAAUGCAGACAAUUCAGUCUCAAGAGAAAAUGGCUCUGUCACUAAAAACGAUGGGCAAACAGUCAGAGGACAUUGUAAAAGUCAGCAGCGGGCCGUUUUCUCUGGAAAGAUUCUUAGCUUUGGAUGCUCGUUGUGUAAAGACAACUUGACAUUUAGCCCUAAUGAUCUCCUCAAACAUUUCCAAGGUGCUCAUAAAGGAUCCCUUCCUGCAUACCCUUGUGACUUGUGUGAUUUUGUCACAAAUGAGUUUUCGGCACUUCAGCGACAUCGAAUUGAGCACAGGAACACUUUGGUUACGUGUGAGCUCUGCAAUGACAAUGUUCAGUAUUCCUUGCUGUUGCUUACCAGACACUACAUGAAUUGCCAUAGUAAAGACGGAGAGUUUCAAUGCGACUGGUGCAAGUUUACGACCGUGGAUGCUGGAACAUUUGUCCAGCACAUCCACCAUCAUAACGAGAGUCACUGGAAGUGUUCAAAAUGUAGACAUAUCAGCUUAAAUGAAGAAGAUCACCAAACUCAUAUGAAAGCUCACUCCGGUACAUUUACCUUCACUUGCAAGAUUUGUGGAUUUGGUACAGAGGAAAUUGAGCACCUGAAAAAGCACAAAGCAGCUGUUCACAAAGAGGAGGCCAAGAGAAAGAAUGCCCUAAAAGCUAUUGAAGACUGUAGUUCACCAGGAAAUUCCUCUACGAAUCUAACAUUGUAUAAAAAGAUUGGUUUGUCACAGGAUACGCAUGGGAUGUCAAAACUGAACUCCCCUUCUGGAACUUUAUCAAAUGAAAAUGGGAGAGUAACCAAACAAGAACUACCAUUGGAGGAGAUUCACCACCUUAUCGAGGGGGGUGUAGGGCAGAAGGAUCACAAAGGUUGGAGCUUUCAUAAUGCAGACAAUUCAACUCCAGUCAUGCUACAGGAGUCUGAAAACACCUCUGAAACUGGAAGUUUUCCCAACGCCAAUGGGCUCACUGUGCUGAUGGUGAAAAACAAAAUCUCUCUGCCGCCCAACUGUACGACAAAAGUGAUGGGAUUCAAGAUGGUUGACGGCAAAAAGCAUUUGGUUCUCAAAGUCAUACCAGCUGCAAAACAGGAUGGAUCUUCUCAGAAGUUUUCAUUUGCUGAUGGCGUUGGUCUUUUUGGAUCCAACCCUGCGAUAGCAAAAAGGAUGGAAUCCAGUGAGACUGAGCAGCGGUCUGAAGGCAAGGGUUCAACAUCGCAAUGUUUAUCUGUCUCCCCAAGAAAUGGAUCAUGCCAUCAAGCCGAUCAAGAUGAUAUUAUGGCAAAAGUGAAGAUCGAGGAAGAGGAAACUUCUGUCUCUAGUCUAAAUUCCACUCCACACUCAAGAAAACAAGAAAACGAAAUGUACCCAGUGACCAUCCAGGCCACCCACAGCCGCUUCGAGCCAGUUUCCAUGGAGAAAGGAAAGUUACCGGUGGCCCACAAUUCAGACACUGCAAAGUUAAAAUGUGAUGGAGGAAGCUAUGAAACUGAAAUUAGUAAAACUAAAACAGUAUGUGAGGAAGUUAUUGCCCAUCCCUCUACUUUAAAUACGGUGCAAAGGACACUGCUUCCACAAACUGUCUUCAGAGAAACUGUAGAGUUCAGCAGAGCCAAAGAUGAAUCAUUGCUGACUGACGGUUUUAGGGUUUUAUGCAAAAAAUACAAAGCAGAUUCUGUAAACAACACUUUGUAUACUCACUCCUCUAGUCAGGUUACCUCAGAGAAUGAUGAUUGCUCAUGCACUGAAAACAGAAGUAAAAAUAGUCUUCAAACCGCAAGAAAACCAGAAUCUCCAUCUCACUUAUCCCCAAACGUUUUUGUUGACGGUAGAAGGGAUGCCUUGGGCACAGAAAAAGGUGAGCAAAAAACACCAAACCAGGAGGUGUUUACUUUCCACAAUUACUCAAAGGAAAUUUGUAGGUCCUCACCAAAUAAUGUUCAAAACUUGUCCUGUAUUGGGGAGGAUUUGGAGCACCAAGGAAAUGCUUCUGAGGCAUCGCAGUUUAGAUUGAGGUUAUCUGAGUCUCCAGAUGCCGCUACAGCGAGUAUCGAUGGAGACAUUGAGGUGGAUGGGUGUGUAGGUAGCAAUGAUCUUCUAACGGAGGAAAAUAGUGAUUCAGUCCUUCGUGACCUUAAUAUCGUCAAAAUCGAGGAAGAGUGCGUACCCAUAUCCACAAGACAACCUGACUCAAACACUAGUUUACAUUCCAUGGAAAGUUUUGUUAAAGAACAUUCAAAUGCAAUCAUUACAAAGCAACUUAAUAAAAACAGUACCGGAUCUUCAAAUUCAAGCAAUGCCCAUUUAACAAAAGCAAAGAAAACUCUGCAAAUCCUUCAGUUGCCAGGAGGAAAGCCACCGGUAUUCCUUAGGGCAACAGAGAAUAAGAUUGCAAUGCCAGUCCAGACAAGUACAGGUUUUAAAGUUUUAACUAGUUCUUCAAAUCCUCAGAUUAGUUUAUCUUACACGAACCGAGAGUUAAAUAACUCCACUGCCAGUGUAACUCUUACUCCUAAAGCUAAUAUUGUUGGUGUCGCAGCAGGGAAACCACAAGCCACAGAAAAGGGGGCAACCGUUUUAUCUGCUGUCCACUCAGGUGGCAACGCCACCCAAAAUCAAUACUAUAUCAACAGUCCAGGUUUUAAGGGACCCGUUCUCCUUUCGAGAACAUUGAAUAGUACACCAACCAAUAUGGCGGUGAAGGCACAACCAACAUGCUAUUUUGUGCAGAGGUCUGUCCCAAUUGUUCAGAACCCCAAUACAACUAGUUCUAAAGUGCCAUGUCCUCAGGUCCCAGUAAACCCAAAACCAGUUCUAGCCGGGACCCUUGCGGAGAAACCGGGCACACCACAAACUUCUCGCCAGGCGUACUUGCUUCGAUACAUCUCUCCAACCAAAUCGGGUCUCUUUGUCAAUAAGGAAGAGUUGAAGAACAGAACCGUUUGGAGCCAGGCCAGUGAAUGUUCUGGAAAUAAAGUCAUAUUCAAAAUAGUUUCUCCCACUGCUCGCCUCAAUACAGCUGCAGCGCCUACAUCAAGCAGCAAACCGUUGCUUUUGGCCACCAGACCUCAAGGGCAGUGCUUCUUAGUGUCUGCAAACAACACCGUUCCAGCUUCAUGUGAAGUAAAGAAAAUGGUCAGUGUACAAAUUAAUGAACGGGAACAUCAAAAGGAACCUAUUGCAGCUCCUUUGCACGUGAAUGGAAACCUACAAUUGUGUGAAGCAAAUAGACCUCUUCUUGCUCCAAGGGUUGUCGGCCAAAGAAAAAGGCACAGAAAAGCUUUAUUGGAUGAGCUUCCAGCCACCCUGCAUAAAGCUAGAAGGUUCUCAAAUAAGGUACUGACUGAAAAAGACCCUGAGUUAUGGACACCAGUUGGCAAAGAAGUGGAGAGGACACUUAGACUUACUCCCUUCAGUGCUGCGCAACAGAUCAAGUACCCGUGCAGAUACCAGCCUGUGGUGGUGCUCAAUCACCCUGAUGCUGACAUUCCCGAAGUGACCAACAUAAUGAAGAUGGUCAACAAACACAAAGGUGCUGUCACAAAGGUUGCUCUAAGUCAAAAGACGGUUCAAGCACUCUCUGAGUUCAGCAGUCUUGUGAACAAUAUCUCUACAUCUGUAAAUGGAGAUGUCUCAAGACCUCGGCCUGUGCUGAGUGCUGUCCGAGAACGAUUUCUCCUCAAAUUAAAGCUUAGGAAGAAAAACAGAAAAAAAUACGAGGUGGUAAAAACGUUAUCGUCUAGUGGACAGAGCUCAGUGGUGUUCGAUUGCUGGUUUUGUGGUCGGCUUUUCAACAACCAAGAAGAUUGGAUUGGCCACGGCCAAAGACACCUCAUGGAGGCAACAAGAGACUGGAAUAAACUCUUUUAAAGUUUUUUUUACACCAAUAGUCAUUUCCCUUCCACAUUUAAAUUCACAUUUCUCCACUGACUGUUAUUUUUAUGUCCCUGUAAAUACAUAUUAAGUGAAUUAAAGUAGAUUUUUUAUCAGUUGUUGUUCAGAUGUUAGCAUGAUUUACUUCAUCCACAUUAGUUUAACUGUGAAAAGCUGUAAUUGGCAACUGGGAAGAAGACAUUAAAUGAAAGGGAACAAUUUUAAUAGUUGUAGGCAAAUUCAGACCAAACAACUCAGGUAACUUCAUUUUUUUUUCUAUUUUCCCAUAAGUUAAAAAACAAUUUUUUUUUUUUUUUCAGAUUACCCCACAGUUGGAUAAGCUGUACAUUUUCCUUUCAAAGAAUGUAGAAAAGUUAAGAAAGUUAUCUGAAAAUCUUUUAUUCAGAUGAAUAUAGCAAACAGAGUUCCAGGUUCUGCUGAUGACACAAUGUUUUCUUUCAAAAAUCAAAAUUGGUUCCUGACAAAGUUCACCCUCAUAAAACCCAUGUAGUUCAUUCUUAGUCAGGCAGCUGUUGUUGUUUACGUUCAGGUCAUGUUGUAAAUAUGUCUUCCGUUUGUACAGCAAUGUUGGAUAUAUGGAUUAAAAAGGCUCAGUCUGUAGUGUUCCAGUCCUGCAAAAUGGUUCAACAGACAUAGUGAAGAGCAGAGUUAUGAUGUGUUCACACCAAACGCGCUCCAGGCUUCUGGUUUACACGCCAAGUCUAACUUUGGACUCUAGUCGAGAAGUUAGGCAGUGCAUUUUGUGCUUCAACUAAUUUGAACUUCCAAGCAUCAAUCACGGUCAAAGGGUCAGAUGUUGGCAUUUAGAGUGCUCCCACCAUUAGUAUUCUACUAAAACAUGUUACAACUGAAAUGUGGCAAAACCGUUAAAUACCUAAUUUAGGUAAAAAUGUCAAAACCUUCUGUGAAAAGCCUCUAGGAAGGAUAUCGAAGCCCGACUGGUUUGAGGCAGCUGCCGCUGGGUUUUCCGUGCUCUGAUGACAGCUUGUAUACGGAGCCUGAAAAAUGAUGGAAUAUUUAAAAGUGGUGUUAUCAUCAUUUUUUUUAUUGCUUAAAACUUUGAUUUCCUCCCGACUCGCCACAGCAAAUAAAUUCAAUCGCAUCUGCGUUUUACAAGAAACCAGAAGAGGAAAUAGCCGGACAGAUGGCUCCAUUAGAGACAUCUGUACACACUUUGCUCUCUCGCGCACAAGCAUCUCCAAGUUGAAGCCUUUUUACGCGCUUGCUGUGAACGCACCAUGAUUGCUGCCUCUUGUUUCCCCCAAAUCUAAGGGAACGGUACCAGAAGUUAAUUCUUUAGGUUCUGCAGAUAAAGUUUAACAGUUCAUUUUAUGUAGAAGGGGUUGGCUGGAUCAGCCCGUUUUGAAAUGUGUUUCUUUUGAAGCACAGCGUCCUACCGUUGAAGUUUUGCACGUUGUUUCUAAGCAGAGUUCAGAAGAGUGUAUAUAAAACGUAAAGCACCCCCUGCUGUUGGUAUUUUUUUAACGUGAGAGACUCUGUGACCCUUUAGCAACACCAGGAAAGACGGUUUUGUAUUUUUUACCUGUUCCUACUGUAUUCAUGGUCAGAACCGGUAUUUUAGUAGAAAACUUUUUGUGUGCUAAAACUCUGUAUUUGGAUUUUUAUUGCUUAGAUGUACUGUAUAUCUGCACAUUGCCGUUAUUUCCCUAAAUUCAUUUUCAACGUAUAUUUUUUCGUUCUUUAUUUAAACGCCUCCAGGGCGCCAGAGCUUCAGGGUUGUCGUAGACGGGGUGGGGUUUUCUCUAGAAAUCAAUGUUUAGCUCUUUUUCAGGAUGCAAACAAGCCACACUACUUUAUUCUUUAUUUUUACUGUUCCAUAGAAAUGAGUCCAGGUGCUAAAAAAACAAAAUCCUUUUUGUCCAACUUUGUGAUAAAUGCUUUAAGAUUCUGUUAAACUGCCAUAUAGAUCCUGAAAGCAAUGUCACCUUGAAGUUUUGUUGUUUUGUUUUUAUCUCAAGGGCUAAAAUAUAAAAUACUGGGUUUGAGAAUAAAACUUCUUCAAAGGAAUAAUAGUUGGAUUAUUUGUAGUUAAUAGCUUUGCUAGUGAGCAGCAUUUGGUCAAUGUCUACAGCAGUGAUUGAAUUCUGUUGCUUCAGCUUGUUUGAUAUUUUUGUACUUUUGACGUAUUAGCUGUAUAUUUGCUCCACAUGUGACUUUACUUUGAUCGAUCCACAGAUUUCCUACGUCUGCUCCUUCCUGAUGGCUCUUGGGCCAAAGAGUAUAUUUUUAAAGAAUAAAAAGUAGACAUAUAUAUAGUUAUUGGUG